CAUGUUUUGGCGGGGUGUCAGGCAUGUACGUAGUAUUCAUUUUUUGCUUGUAGGCUGUGAGUGCGUGCAGUGGCAAACGCACGAUGAAGUCAUCGUGCUUGCCAUCGCUAUGCCCGGAGGGAGGCGAUAUGACCUUCCAGAUGCGUAGCCCCUUAACGUGAUGUUGCAAUCGACGCGUACUACGGCGUUGUUUUUUUUGGACCGUGGCAGUAUCAGUACCUUGUGCGGUCGGCUUGGUACAGUUUUGUACGAGUGGGUUACCACUGCUCUCCACGAAACCCCUCACUAGGGAGGUUGUCUGGCAUGGAGCGUCGGGCUGCCGCACAGCACAACGUGCGCCCUCGUCUGCACGAGCAGCGAUGAGCUCGGACCCUGCGUGAGCGCUACCCGAGGGCCCACUCACUGGGAGCCACCAGCCUAAGGAACACAAGCGACAUGCACAAUUUUUGGGGGGAUCCCCGCGCGGAUUUCUUGGAUGAUCUGCUUUGGACCCCCCCUUCCUGGCGCGCGGAUCGCGCGAGGGACGACGUUGGAGGCGCCGCCAGGGAGUACCCAGCGCCGAUCCAAGAAAUCCGAGCGGAGCUCCGCAAUUUGAGGUUUUUGCCGUUUUCCCUUCUCCAGGUGAGGUGGCAAGAGCACGGUGCACGCUAAUGCCAUCAAGGUGCUGCCCUGCAGCACAAAGUGUGCCUUCGUUCGCAGAAGCAGCGGUGAGCGGUGAGCACGAGCAGCGUGAGCGCUGCCCGAGGGUUCACUGACUUGGAGCUGCUCCACCCUCUCGUUCCCCACCCUUCCCUUCCCCCCGCGCGGUCAUUGGGUGGUUGUGCCGAGGCGUCCAGAACAGCUCCAAGAUCAUCCCGCUUGCGGAGAACCGCUGGGCGAUGAGCGCCGUCGCUGCGAUCGAGGACGUGAACGAUGUCCUCGGCGUCGAGCUGCCCAGCGGCGAUUACAACUCCAUCGGCGGCUUCGUGUGCAUGCACAUCGACCGGAUCCCGGAGGAGGGAGAGGCGGUGCUUGUGGAGACGACCUCCAAGAACGUCCGAUUCGAGGUGUCCGAGGUGGACGACCGCAGGGUGGUGCAGCUCGAGGCGAUCGUCGAGGAGGACGACGGCAGCGACGGUGCCAGGAGGUCCUCCGAGGAGAAGGACGAGGAGGAGUGGGACAAGGUCAUCGGCGUGAGGAUGGACACCGAAGCAGUCCAGGCGGGAAUCGGUGAGGACAAGGGGAAAAGCAUGGACAAGUCGGCGGGCACCGACGUGAGCGGGGAC